UCAAGCCUAAGAGGAUACAACUACUGUAAGGAUGGGUUUUGGUAUAACACAGAUGUUUAUACAUAGACAGAAAUUGAUGUCUGUGUGCUUAGCUGUUGAAUAAGGAGACUGGGGGAGAGUUAAAUGUAAUCGAUGAUAUCAUAAGGAGUCGUGGAAUUCUAUUUGGAACUUCAGAGACCUAAGGAGAAGACUGACCAGCUUCUUCUGAAGACUUCUGCUCUCUAAAGACUAAGGCCUAAUUCCACUGGUUUCUUUGAAUUCCGUGGUGCUAAGUCCAUUUUCAGACAAAGUUUCUGUGGAAAGAGCUACGGACAAAGACCUCUCUCCUUGGCGGAGUGAGCUAGGAUUACCAUCUCUUCAGCCGCAGCUGAAGGCGGGCGUCCAUGGAACCCCAGAAGCUGCUGCUAACUGGAUUUCUGCUAUGCUCUCUAACUUGCCUCUUGUUGGAGACAGUAGCUUCCUCUCCUUCGCCUUUGUCUGCCUUGGGAAUACAAGAAAAAACAGGAUCGAAACCACGCUCAGGGGGUAAUGACAGGUCCUGGCUGAACAACUUCAGGGAUUACUUAUGGCAACUUAUCAAGAGUGCCUUACCUCCAGCAGCCAUUGUUGCUUUUCUUCUCACCUCAGCACUAAUGGGGAUCCUCUGCUGCUUCACCAUUCUUGUAGUUGACCCAGUCCAGUGAAGAACUAGAAGAUUCAACAGGGCACAUGUGGUCUCUCCGGUUGGACUCCAAAAGAGUGGGGCAUUUGCUAUCUGCUUAAAAUGAGGAAGUAUCUAUCAGUUAAAAUUAAAUUGUCUUCCAACUUGAAUUAUCUUUGCCUUCAUUUUCUCCUUCAAAAGUUGCAAUUUUAAAAUGUGAAUAUCCUUAUUACUGUUUUGAUUAUAAUAGUAACACAUAUUUAUUGCAAAAAAAAGUUGAGAAAUACAGAGAAAAGAGUAAGUUUUCAUAAUUCUAGCACCCAGAAAUAAACAUCAUUAACAUCUUGAUGUACCUCCCUUCAAUUUUUUUUCUAUAUAUGUAUUACAAGUUUUCCAAAGUCUGUUCUGUGAAACAAUAGUUCGUUUUAAUAAAAGUCACAAAACAGUGA